AUGAAUGCCUCAACUUUGAGAGGAAGCUUUGGAGUUGGUUCUCCACUGAGUUGGUUCAGAGAAGUUCUUCUCUUCUCUGAACUUGCAACCUCUUGCUCCUGUCGGAGCCGGAGGAGAGCCUUCUGGUUCAGAGCCAGCAAGAGUCCUUCUGGUUCUCCAGUGCAGCAACUGUCGUUGUCUCCUACUCCUGCGGCCGUUGGUGGAACACUGGUGGAGCAGCGGUGGAGCAGCAGCUGCAGGAUCUGCUCCUGGGCUGCCCAUGACCAGCCGCCUUAUGGCCUCAGCACCAGAUCUGGCCUCUGGAUCGACAUCCUCAUCUCCUUGUCUGCUGCCAGGCAUCCCCACGGCACUUUGGGACUGCCAAAGGUGGAAAGGAGAGGCACAAUGAAAAGGACAGGAGGAGCCAACAUUCAGCUGCACAUCAAUGUUGGCAGUGACUUUCAGGCCGAACUCCCUGAGCUGCAGAUCGGACUGCCAAGUGAGGAUGAAGAGCCUGCAACCCUGGUCUGGAAGCCCUGGGGGGAAGAUGACUCUGACAUGGAAAAAACAGACAGAGUAAGAGAACUGUUGGACAUGGCCAGCUCCCAUGGCAUUUCCGGGGCAGCAGCUAACCUGGAGCUUGCCCUGCACUGCCUGCACCAGGCACGCGGCAGCAUUCCGGAGGCUCUGGAGAUGUUGCUCUCGGGGGGGCCUCCAACACCUCAAGGCCAUCCCUUGGCUGAUUAUCAUUACGCAGACUCUGAUACAUGGACACCUGAGGAGAAGGAGUCCUUCCAAAAGGCUUUCCACACCUCUGGCAAGGAUUUUCAUCUCAUCCAGAAGCAGAUUCAGAGUAAGACUGUGGCACAGUGUGUGGAGUACUACUACUCCUGGAAAAAAGAGCAUAAACUUGCCAGCGCUCUUGCUCAGACUGUGGGCGAAGCAAAGAGGAACAACAGCCCUCCCAGAAAGGAAAACGGGGAGACAGGGAAGAGGAGCCGCAAGAGGGCCCGCAGCGCGGAGUGUCCCUGCUGCCAACCGCACCAGCCACCCCAUUCGGCGGGAGGCCCCUUUCCAUGCAGGCAGUGCAAACGGGUAUUUGAAACCAUGAAGGAAAGGAAUAAACACAGGAGAAGGCAUUGCCCACGGAAGGAAGCAGAGCCUCUCCCCAAGAAAAAAAGACCAAAUUAGCCCUGCAGCUGUCCAGGGCUAGCAAGAGUUAGCUAACAAGAGGACUAGACAGAAAUAAGAUUGUUUGUUAAAUUUUUAGGGUUGUUUAUUCUUCUGCUUAGUUUACUAGAUAGGAAUCUCUCCAUUUAUUAGUUAAGAUUCAUUAGUAUUAUUAAAGAUGUAUUAGUAUUAUUAGA